GGGUAACACGCAGCUGAAGCAGGGCGGAGCCGCGCGGUGUGAAACGUGGACGGCUCCCUUUUCAGAACAGGCUACCAGAGGAAGGACGCCUCACAGCGUGUCAACGACUGCGUGACUGGAGCAAUCCUUUUGAUGUGUACGGGCGGCAGGACUUCGAAAGAAGAUGGUAAUCGGCGAUGUCGUCAACGUGAGCCAGCCAACAGUGUCGCGGGCAAUUGCAACAUUGUCAAGAGCGCUUGCAAGACUCCGGCCGGAUCAUGUGAGACUGCCAACGCCCGAUGAAAUUCCAGACGUACGUCUGCAGUUCUACAAGAUCGCAGGCUUUCCUGGCGUCACAGGAUGUAUAGAUGGGACACACAUACCAAUACAAAGUCCCGGUGGUGAAAACGCCGAACUGUUUCGCAACAGGAAAGGAGUCUUCUCGGUGAAUGUCCAAGUUGUGUCCGGACCCAACCUGGAGUUCUACGAUAUUGUGGCAAGCUGGGCUGGGUCAACUCACGACAGCCGCAUUCUGCAGAAUAGCAGAUUCGGCACCUUGUUGGAGAAUUCGCAGUACCCAGGCAUCAUCCUUGGAGACUCUGGCUAUGCCUGCAAGCCACAUCUUCUCACACCUUUGUUGAAUGUACAGACUGCCAGUGAGGAAAGGUAUAAUAAAGCUCACAUCAAAACACGGAACUCGAUCGAAAGAGCUUUCGGAGUCUGGAAGCGGAUGUUCCCUUGUCUCACAAAGAAGCUGGCAACAAAGUUAGAGACGACAGUUGCCAUAAUCACUGCCACCGCUGUCCUCUACAACAUCUGCCGAAAAAGAAACCUGCUGACCAUGCCGGAUGAAACAGAAGAGGUCGACAGUGAGGCUGUGGAGAAUGCCACAGAUGAUAGAUUAGGGGUGGCAGCAAGACGUGCAUUCAUCCAGCGACAUUUCAGAAGUUAGAAUUAGGUUUUUAUGAGACGUGAGACAAGUGAUGUUCUGAGGCUGGAACGCAUAGAAAGGACAAAUACAUACAAGGCCUCAAGUGCCUCACAAAUUAAUGACGAAAGAUGGAAGUCACUAAAAAGGUUAGUCAGCUGUAGGACUCUAACCCACAUCUUCUGGAUUACCGGUCCAGGGCUCUACCAUGUUCAAAUGAUGCCGCUUGCGUCGAUCCUGUCGUAUGAAUGUGUGUAUGAGUGAGAAAAAUGUAAGAUGAUGAUGAUUAGGAGUUUAGUGGCGCAACGACAACAAGAGAAAAAUGUAAGAGUCAAAGGGGGAUGAAUGAGAGAGAGUGGUUGGUUUGUCCCUUCAGAUGGACGCUCCCUUGGAAGUCACUGGGGAGGUGUGUUAGCUUAGCUCAAUUGGUAGAGGCCUGGGCCAGUAAUCCAGAAGAGGUGGGUUCGAGUCCUAAAGCUGGCUAGCCUUGCCAGUGACUUCCAUCUUUCAUCAUUAAUAGGUUUUUAUUUUACACGCUCAAUAGUCACAAAAAUGUUUCAUGCAUUGGGCUGCCAAUACUCUGCCCUUGUAGUUGCUUGAGGAGCAACUGCUCUUUCAGUUCCGCAAUUCUUAGCUUCUUCCUGUAAAUUGCCAGUUUUGCAUCAUUUUGUUGUUGAGCAAACUUCUUUUUCAAUUCAUAAAGCCCCAGUGCUGCUACUUUCUCUGCUUCAACCUUUUCCACACGGGCUGUGACCUCUUCCCUGACCUGUUCUGCGAUAGUAUGGGGCCUUUUUCUUGUUGUGAGCUGUGACUCUGUGGCUUGCACAUGGGAUCCUACAGUGCGGAAGAUUACAAUUAUUAUGUGAUAUAUGCAGAUACUUUGUUUCCCCUUUCUUUUUUUUUCUGCUAGUAAAUCCCCCCCCCCCAGAUACUUUGCUCUCAUAUGCCAUUAACCUCAAGACUAGUACGAAGCCAUCAGAGAAAGUCAUGGUAUCAGAGAAGGACACUGUCAUGGUAAUUUUAUUUGAGAUUGAGCUGUAGGUCUCUCCAAGGUCAGGCGCUGUGUGGAUAUUGUAUGUGUGGGGAUCCAUUUAGACGAAUAUGUUUAGAGUGGGGAUAUUUUUGGGGGUGGGUACUUUGCUGUGUAAAUAAUGUUUCACAAUAAACAUGUUGAGUAC